AUGCUCAUUGGUUUACGAAAAGUGUGCCAAUACCCCGAGUCGGUGGCUCCCAUUGACGAAGGUGUGGCUUCCAUUCCCUACAUCGAAACGCGCUUCAAUGGCUCUCUUUGGCACCCGUCUCCCUUCAAAGGUCCCCCAAGCCCGGAUACCAAGGCAGCCUGGCACUCAGUCAUGGAAUACGGCAUGAUCGGAGUGGAAGCCUCCGAGAUUGAGGCCGUCGGUCACAACCUCAGUACUGCAUCUCACUUCCCAGAAGCAGUCGGAGGAGGAUAUAUUGCGGUGGCUGUGGGAACGCAUCAGCUGCACUGCCUGCAUUACAUCUGGCAGGACCAUCACCAAUCGUAUUUCAAGGAGGUGCAGCAAAAGAUCAAGGAUAUCCCUGAAAUGUACGAGCGUCACUAUGAGCACUGCGUCGACUACAUUAGGCAGAGUCUCAUGUGUAACUUCGAUGCUACGCUCGUAACAUACGACUGGGUGCUUGACCAUCAAAAUCCCACUCCAAACUCGAACGCCAUGCACAAGUGCGUUGAUUGGGAUGGCGUCCAGGACUGGCUGAAGGGCAGGGUAGUCGAGGUACCUGAGGGGUUUAUCUGGUCCCAGCCCGAAGGGCAGGAGAGCUUACCGUGGAAUCCCUGA